AUGCGCUCUCUGCUGCGCUCAGCUUCUGAGGAUGCCCCGCGCAUUCAGAGUCAGAGCCAGGUAGUUUUCACCGACCAGCCCAAAGAAAUCGAGAUUGAAUCUUUCAAGGAGUUGAUGUCUGAACUUUGGUAUCCGAAUGAUGACACGUGCACCUGCGAGCUGUGCGGGAAGCGGGUUCGGGUUGGCAUCGAAGCCUGGUACACUUCGACCAGAGAACAGUUCUCCCAAUUCACCCAAACAGAGGUACUUUGCAAGUCAUGUCGUCUGGCACGGAAGUUCGAGGAGGUCGGCGGCUGGUUUCUGGUCGCAUGUGCAUGCCGUGACUCCAACUCAGCCUUGCCCAGCAUCGACCUUGUGAAAACCAUCGCCGACCUCCUGGAAAUGGGUCCAGGCCUGCCUGGACGCAGGCUAGACAUCCUCACCGAUCUCCUUGGUGAAGAGGUCCAUGAUGCAGAGUCGUGGCAGCAGGUGUUGCUCAAGGCUGCUGAGGCAGCGCUACAGCUGUUCCCAGAAGGCGAUGAGUCCUCAGCACGCAUGCUAAGCAGCCCAUCCAGGAUGGAUGGUGAGGUGGCGAUAGAGGAGUCGCCUUCACCUCCAGCAAGUGAGCCUAGCACCAGGGCAAGCACUUAG